CAAGUUUUUUCUUUUUUCUUUUCCCAUCUGUUUAUGAAGAGGUGUUUGUAACCUUGAAUGUAUGCCGAGCACACAACAGCCAGCUCUACCACGUUUUAUCCCUCCUUCCUCGUAUUCCCUCUCUCUUUUCUUUUGUCAUCUCGACACCCGCUCCUCCUCCCAUCGCCCAUCUCUCAUUCCUCCAUUCCCCUUCUUUCUCCCGAGUGGACUCGGAGCGAGUGGACACGACGCCCUCACGACACACACGCAACGACUCAUUCACACCCUCUCCCUCCUUCCCUCCCGCCCCCUUGUCUCCUUGUCUUCAUUUGCUCUACAGCACGCCUCCCUUUUUCAUUUAACAUUAAUACUUUGCUGGUCUCUGCUUCAAAGUGUCUCAGGUAACGUUGAGGCAUCUCACACGCGACAGCAAACCCCCACUGCAACAACUCUCUCUCAACGGACCCAUCGUCAGCACGACGAAUUCCACAUCCUCAAUGCCUCAGUCGUUAGACGCACUUUGCAUAGAGGUGCCCAUUAUCCCUCGGAGCUUUUUUUUGGGAAGCCAAGAAGACUGCGGGCAGUCCUACUGGACAAUGGAUAUCGGGUCUUGGAACCAGCUGUCUGUCUCUGAACUGUGCUCUUUUUCUUUGAGUGGAGGCCCUUGGCUAGUCAGCCUUGUUGGUCCUCCCCCCUUCUCUACUCAACGUUGCCUUGUAUCUUUCCUCCCUCCCUCCCUCCC